CCUGCAGGAUGUGCUAGAAACAAUCAAGCGCGAGCAGGGAAUUACAAAAUCUCUGAAGUACUUGUUGUUCGAGAAAUCUCCUGUGAGUAUCCCAUUGGCGUAAAAUGAUUCUCUGUAGUAACCAUUUCAGAGGUAUGGAGGACAAAUGCUAUUUGAACAGUAUGACGAAGAGGCCCAAAAGUCCAUCCUAAGCGUGGUUGAUGAGCUCAUCGACUUGCUAGAGAGCGCCUCGAAGCUGCUAGAUCGUAAUCCCGAUUCUGAGCGGCAGUGGUUCUCUCGCUCGUCGAGCUCUUUGGCGUCAACAUCGGCACCAGAAAGGCCAUCACUGGCCGAACCUCUUAGCCCCGAAAGGUCUUCUAGUUCUGCAUCCCUCAGGAGGAAGUUGCGAUGGUCAUUUUACGACAAGAAGCGCGCAAAGGACAUUAUUGACCGCUAUGCGCAACGCAACGAUCACCUAUACAGAAUAGUACAGCUCAACAGCUUUGCUUCCGGGAUUGGAGUCAACCUUCAGCAUCUGGAAAAUAUGCAGCACAACCCCGCAGCAAAGGAGCUCAGAUUUGACGAGACAGCAAGUCUACAGCUACUAGCGAAGGCAGCAAUGACAGGCAUGGCGGCUAACUUCGAGCUCAACGGUGAUAACAGCUUUGGAUCAGCUGAUACUAUGCGCGUAGAAGACAGGUUCGUCACAUUCUCUGAGAAUGGUAGAUCCUAUCUACAGGACACAUGCGAGUACAAGGUCGAGAGUAGCGAUGGGGUCGAUCAUCAAACGAAGUCCCGACUGAACGGCCUGGCUUCCCUCCUCCAACAGCCCAAAGGUCAGGUUUUCCGGAUUCCGAAAUGCAUUGGGUGGAGGUUUUUGCCGUUUUCCAGAGACAUAGCCUUUAUCUUCGAAUCUCCAGGUCCUCUGGGAUCGCAACCCCGGAGUCUAAAACGUCUCUUUGAAAUGCCAGAUGUCAAGCCAUCCUUACGCGACAAGUUUGCCCUAUCCUACAGCUUAGCAAAGAGCAUCUCCCAACUUCAGAUGGUACAGUGGGUUCAUGAGAGCUUUCGGAGUGAGAUUAUUCUGUUUUUCAUUGCUCGAGACACGCAACUGGACCGAGCGCAGAGCAAUAGAGAGACCCUGGUAGCACUGGAUCAACCCUGGAUCUUUGGAUUUGACUUUAGCCGGCCUGAAAGUUUCUUCUCAUACGGAUUCAUGGACAUGGAUAGGGACAGGGACGUGUACCGUCAUCCAAGUCGACAGCGCCAGCCUACAGCUACUUUUAACAAGUGGCACGAUAUAUACUCGUUGGGCGUAGUCUUGUUAGAAAUUGGUCUCUGGGAGCCUGCCAUUCUGCAGGAACAUCCUCGCGAUCGAUUUCGAGAUAUGGGAGACCCUGAAGGCAUUAAGAACCGACUCCUCAAGGUAGCUCAGAAGAGGUUGCCAUCAAAAAUGGGAGAGAGAUAUAGAGAUGUAGUUGUUACUUGCUUGACAGGAAACUUUGCAGUAAAGGAUGAUACAAAGGAAGAUCUUCAGCUACAACAAGCAUUUCGAGUUCAGGUUGUCCAGGUCCUGGCUCAGUUACUUCAGAAUAUCUAGAGCUUGACAGGAAACUUUACAGUACAGGAUAAUAUAUAGAAAGAUCUUUAGCUAUAAUAAGUAUUUUAAGUUUAGGUUAUCUAGGUCCUAUAUAUAUUAGGCCCUAGGCUAUUAAGUACCUCUACAGGCCCUAAUACCCUAUCUCCUUCUAAUAUAGUCUAGUAUGUAAUGGGCUGGUGCCCAGGAGAUAUACCCUGGAUGAGAUCCAGUGUAGUAAUCGCGACAAAGCGC